GCCCCGGGGGGCGCGGGGGGGGGACGACACGAGGGCGCGGCCGCGGGCCGGCGGGCGGGGGCGCCGAAGGAGGGCCGAGCGGGUGGCCGCCCCCCGGCCCCGCCCUGGCCCCGCCCCGCGCGCUCCGACCGCGGGCGGCCAGCGGGGCGGGCGGGCGCGCCGGCUGUAUCCCCAUCCUCUCGGGCGCGCACGAGCGGCUCGGGCGGAGCGGCAGGCCGGCCAUGGCCACCACCAGCACCGCCAGCACCACCAGCACCACGGGCUCCACCCUGCUGCAGCCCCUCAGCAACGCCGUUCGGCUGCCCAUCGACCAGGUCAACUUUGUAGUGUGCCAACUCUUUGCCUUGCUAGCAGCCAUUUGGUUUCGAACUUACCUACAUUCAAGCAAAACUAGCUCUUUUAUAAGACAUGUCGUUGCUACCCUUUUGGGCCUUUAUCUUGCACUUUUUUGCUUUGGAUGGUAUGCCUUACAUUUUCUUGUACAAAGUGGAAUUUCCUACUGUAUCAUGGUCAUAAUAGGAGUGGAGAACAUGCACAAAUAUUGUUUCGUGUUUGCUUUGGGAUACCUCACAGUAUGCCAAAUCACUAGAGUCUAUAUCUUUGAUUAUGGACAAUAUUCUGCUGAUUUUUCAGGCCCAAUGAUGAUAAUUACCCAGAAGAUCACUAGUUUGGCUUAUGAAAUUCAUGAUGGGAUGUUUCGGAAGGAUGAAGAGCUGACUCCGUCACAGAGGGGGUUAGCGGUCAGGCGCAUGCCCAGUCUUUUGGAGUAUUUAAGUUACAACUGUAACUUCAUGGGUAUCCUGGCAGGCCCACUCUGCUCUUACAAAGACUACAUCACUUUCAUCGAAGGCAGAUCAUACCAUAUGACGCAGUCAGGUGAAAAUGGGAAAGAAGAGAUACAGUACGAAAGGACAGAGCCAUCACCAAAUGUCGCAGUUAUUCAGAAACUCUUAGUCUGUGGACUUUCCUUACUGUUCCACUUGACCAUCUCUAAGAUGUUACCCGUGGAGUACAACAUUGAUGAACAUUUUCAGGCCACAGCUUCAUGGCCGACAAAGGUGAUCUAUCUCUACGUCUCUCUUUUGGCUGCCAGACCCAAGUACUAUUUUGCAUGGACGUUAGCCGACGCCAUCAACAAUGCAGCGGGCUUUGGAUUCAGAGGUUAUGACAAAAAUGGAGCCGCCCAUUGGGACCUAAUUUCCAAUCUGAGGAUCAAGCAAAUAGAGAUGUCAACAAGUUUCAAGAUGUUUCUCGAUAAUUGGAAUAUUCAGACAGCUCUUUGGCUCAAAAGGGUGUGUUACGAGCGUGCCUCCUUGAGUCCCACCACCCAGACCUUCUUCCUCUCUGCCAUCUGGCAUGGGGUGUACCCGGGCUAUUACCUGACCUUUCUCACUGGAGUGCUGAUGACGCUGGUGGCCCGAGCUGUGAGAAAUAACUUUAGACAUUAUUUCAUCGAACCUCCCCAGCUGAAAUUUUUGUACGAUGUUAUAACAUGGAUAGCAACUCAGAUAGCAAUAAGUUACACAGUUGUGCCAUUUGUCCUUCUUUCUGUAAAACCUUCACUCAUGUUUUACAGCUCCUGGUAUUACAGCCUUCACUUUGCUGGUAUCUUAGUAUUAUUGUUGUUGCCAGCGAAAAAAAAACAAAAAGGAAAGAGUACACAUGAAAACGUUCAGCUGUCACGAUCCAAAAAGUUUGAUGAAAGAGAAAAUUCUUUGGGACAGAAUAGUUUUUUCACAACAAACAAUGUUUGCAAUCAGAAUCAAGAAAUAGCUUCUAGACAUUCAUCAUUAAAGCAAUGAUGAGGAAAGCACUCUGAUGGCUAUUUUCUGUAUGUUAAGGGGAACCAAUCAAGGGGUCUGUGUCUGUUGGGGAAGAGAUCACAUGGGGGGAAAUCAGCCGGUUUUAGGUAGGGAAUUCCCUGUAUACCAGCUUGGAAAUGGAGCGAAAUACCCCUCCCAUGCCAUGUCCUGGUGGGCCACGCCUUAUCAAAAAAUAUUUCCAUUAUUUCAGUGGGCACUCAGGACCUCAGCAUAUGUCCAUAGAGUCAUAUGUGUGCCCUGUUGCUGAAUGUACGCUGUAUGUCCCAAGGCACUGAAGAGAGGGAAAAAUAAUCAUGUCACUCUGGAUGACUGAGAAAAAUUAACUUCUCCAAAUGAAUGUCUUGCCUUAAACCCUCUAUUUCCUAAACUGUUGUUUCCUAAAUGGUAUUUUCAAGUGUGGCACUGUGCGAACAUUCUUUCACUAUUUGAUAUUGUGUGUUGCACAGGAAUUCCAGAAGAAUUUGAACAGGAUUAUUUUAAGAUUGUGGAUACUUUAAAAUGCAAUAAACAUCACAGUAUUUGAAGGGUUUUCCUAAAGUUUCUCAGAUGACUACAGUAUGUAGUAGAACUGUAAGCAGUGGCGGAUGCCAAAUUGUAGGUAGUUUAUUUUCCUGCAGAAUUUGAUCACCCUGUGUCAGACAGAGAACCCUCAAGGAAGGACUCCUUAAACAUAAUGAAAGGUUGGUGAUGUAAUAUUUUAAGCUUAUUCUUCUUCUUCAAAAAAGAGAGAAGAUGACAAACACAAGAAGGCAGGCAUGGAUGAAGCGCUGCACCCGGCCCAUAGCACCUGUGUGCAUACGUACACCUGCAUGUGGCAGGGGUCCAAGGCUCAGUGGAAGUGCUCUUCACCCCUCUUUACCUGAGUUCUUUGUGAUCCUGUAAGACACAAAAGUUUAAUAACUUGAUAAUCACGUUGGAUUUUUAAGAAAUGUAUCAGACAUAAGUUAUAUAGAGUUAUAAAAGGAUAAUGAAAGUAAUAGCAGGAGAUUGCUUGAAGGCUUUGAAAGAGACAUCAUUGAGUGAAAUUACUGUCUAGCGAAUCACUUUUUUAAUCCUUGAACAGUUGAAUUUGUAUUUGGUUAUGUUUUACGGAAAUGGAAACUUAGAAGUCAUUCGGUCUGAGCCCCCCUUGUAGAGAACAAUAUAAAUUAAUUUCCAAACUCUUUUAACUUCUCCGGUGAAAGUUUUACCGUUAACUCUCGUUAACGGGUUUCAGAUUCUUGAAGCAGAAAAUGUGCUUUUUAUCUUACAGGUCGUUUUCACCAUAAUUCACUUCGCCUUCAGUGGCUGGUUCCUCCUUUGAUCCCACAGUCUUAUGAUGCUGCGGCAGUGGAAGCAGAGGAGAGGGUUGUGGUGCCAGCUUGGUAUCAGGGUUCUGGUGGCCCAGGGUGAUGAAUAAUGGGCCAACAGGGAGAGGAUGGGCAGGGUCUUCUGACUUCACUUUUCUGUGAUCCUUCUUUUGUGGAAUUUAUUUCUUUUUUGCCUUAAAUUUUUAAAUUUAAAUGCAAAUUGCCUAUCUAUGAUGAGUCUCUUUUUUUUUUUCCGUCAUUAAUAAAUUUGCAAAUGAAAGUUAACAACAGAACAA